AUGUCUUCCCUUACUUUUGCCCGCGGCGCGCCCCUCGCUCCUAUGGACCUCUCCGUCACCGCCCCUACCGCCUCGCCCUCUUCUCCUACAUCGCCGACCUCACCUCUCCCUUCCUCCCCUACCUCCGCCCAACCCUCCAAUGCUACUUCCCCACUCGCCCUCCCCGUCGACCCGGCCAGUCGCGCCACCCGUGCUGUCCCCGCGCCCCAGCUGCACAACCCAUACCGCCGCGAGCCCGGAGACACACCCUUCAACACCCCCGCCUCUCCACGUCGGGCACCCAUCAUGGCGCCCCGCCUCUCCACCUCUGGCCCGUCCGGCAAUAUCGGACACGGCGUUCCAUCUUCCCUCUCUACGCCGCUUGGGGAGGUCCGGCCUCUCAAUGUCGUCUCUGCCAUGCGAGGGCGCGGGAUCAUCGGCGUGCCGAGCGGAGGGAGCGGUGGCCGGGCAGUAGGUAUCCAGGGCGCGGGGCAAAAUGGCGGGGAGGUGCCCCAUGCGUUUACGCCGGGGAAUACGCCCAGCUCACUCGAGAGGAUCUCAAAGCGCAUGGCGAGCAAUUUGAUGGUGGGUGGCGGACAAGGUGGCGGGAGCGCCAUGAACAAGAUCAUGCCGAGCUAUGAUCGAAGAUUCAAUGCAGGCUUGAACGAGAUUGGCAAUCGCCUGGAUGCUCACAUUGAAGGCGGAAGCGGCCUCCGGUCCCCGCCUCAGAACAUGUCUCCCUCGAUGAGCCAAAAGAAUGCGCCUUUCCUCGGUGCAGAGCGGACGAGCUCGAAUGGCAGGUCCGACUGGCCGAGUCAGUACGGGGGCACGACCUCGAGCGGGGACGAGCACAAGGAGAAGAAAGACUGA